AGCUCAUUCAAAGCUAACAUCUAGUAGUGGUAGGCCAUAGAAAACAUUAAAAUGUCAUCCGCAAGACCUGACGAACACGGAAUACCUAGUGAAAUUAAAGAAAAUUUAGCUUCAUUUGAUACACAUUUAUCAGAGUUAGAGGCUGAGUUAAAGCCCCUCCUUUCUAUUAAUCGCAACGAGCUUACAGAUAAGUUGGAGCCCAUUGAUGCUGCUAAAGUAGAUUUAGUUGCUGCAUAUGCCAUCAACUCCUUGUUCUGGAUGUACAUGAAUGUUUGUGGCCUCAACCCAAAAGAACAUGCAGUGAAGCAAGAAUUGACAAGAAUUCAGAGCUACAUGCAGAGGGUAAAGGAAAUUGAGGACAAAAAGAAAGCUCCAAAACUUAAUAAAGAUGUUAGCAAAAGAUUUGUGAAAAGUGCUUUAUGGCAAGCGGCUCAAAAGAGAGAAAUCUCUGCAAAUACAGAACCAUCCACAUCCCAGCAAAGUGUAAAAGAGGGCUCAGGGGGAAAGAAACAGCGAAGAAAAUAACAGCAUUACUUUGUUUAGUUACUCUCAGUAUGUUUUGCUUAUGUGACUUAUAAAUGGAAUUUGGCCUAUCCAGGCAGCAAACAUUGAAGGGCUGCAGAUAGAUCUGGAAUUGUGUUCAAUUGCAUCAUGUACACACCACAUUUGUACAGAUAUACUGAUUCAGUUUGUAAGAAAUGUUUUAUUUUCUCUAAAACAAACAUGUACAUAAAGAUGUAAAAUAAAAUGUCUAUUUUUAUGCUGUCAACUAGUCAUCUUUAUAUGCUUCCGCUUUCUACCAGUUACAGUUGAGCGAGUUCACUACCCUUGGGCUCCACAUGAUUAUAGUGUAAAAUGUUAGCUCAAUAUUAGCAUUCAAAGAUCUAUUAAGCUAGUUAAACUUUAUGAAAAUACACAGAAGCUUUAUUUAUAAAUUUGACUACAUUAUAAUAGCUCAUAUAAAAACAAAGUCCACGUAAGGUCAGUACAGCUAUGCUUUAAUUAAUUAGGGCAUAUAUUGGCAUCAAAUCAUUUUUUGAACUAUUAAAAGGUUGUAAAUUUAAUAUACAGAUUCUUCGUGGAUUUUUUUUUAAGCUUUUGUGAAAAUAUAUUGUAGGAUUUUAGUUGGUUUUUCAGUUUAAAUCACAUGAGCUUGAUUAUUAUUUGUCCACAGUUGUCAUAAGUGAUAAAUAAGUUCGUUUUAAAAAUAUAGUUGUAAUUGUAGAUUUUAAAUGUUAUAGAAAGAAUGAAAGCCUGGACCAAGUAAUAAAUUAGCAACUUUGGACGGAAGACAAAAUUCAGAUGAAAAUUUCUGCUGCAUAGUAAUAUA